GUACUGCCUUACAGUGCAUGGAUAGGCUCAGUCCAGUACUCACUCGGUCUGAUACCGGGGUCGAUCAGUGGCCGACUCUUCGACGUUGGAUACUUUCGAGAAACAAUGGUACCGGCCACAUGUCUUCUCGUCCUCUCAACGUUCCUUGUAGGGGAAUGUGAAAGAUAUUGGCAGUUUAUGUUAUGCCAAGGAAUUGCUGUGGGAAUGUCGUCGGGCUUCCUAUUCGGACCAACAUUUGCAGUGGCAUCAAAUUACUUCCAUAAGAGGAGACCAUUGGUAUUCGGUUUAGUAGCCGUCGGGUCAGGCGUAGGCGGGACACUUCUACCCAUCGUAACUCGUACCCUCAUCCCAAAAAUCGGCUUCCGUUGGACGAUGCGCGUUUUAGGCUUCUUUACCCUCCUUGCAACUACCACAGCGAACCUUCUCCUCAGACGUCGUCUUCCCCCCGUCAAUGUAAAAGGUGGCCUCUUCAACCUCCCCGCGUUCAAAUCGCCCCACUUUACACUCUAUUAUCUCUCCUCCACAAUCGGCUUCUUAGGGAUGUUCACCGUCUUGACGUACCUUGACACAGCCGCAGUCGAAGUAGCCAAGAUCAACGGGGAUCUGGCUUUUUAUCUCAUUUCGAUAGCAAAUGCAUGUUCGAGUAUUGGGAGGCUUGGUUCGGGCGCUUUGUCGGGGAGGUAUGGACCUAUCAACGUGUUGGGGUGCUUCAUGGUGUUGGCAGCUUUGAUGACAUAUGUUUGGCCUUAUGCGUUGAGUAUGGGGUCGUUGAUUGCUGUAUCGGUUUUAUAUGGGAUUGCCUCGGGUGCUUUCAUCGGGGUUGUCGUUACUCCGCUGACACAUCCUCAAUUUGGCGUUCAAGGGGAUAUAGGCCGGAGAACGGGGAUGCUAUUCACUUUGAGUGGAAUUGGAGCCUUAUGUGGGCCGCCCAUACCCGGCGCUAUUCGCGACGCCACAGGAGGCUAUAAAGCAGUUGGAGCGUAUGGAGGUUCUAUCCUUAUGCUCUCUCUCAUUCUUAUGGUUUCUGCAAAAUGGGUCGCUACGGGGUCCCCAUGGGGGAAGUUCUGA